AACAAAUGUGUGGACGAAUAUCAUACAGUUUUAGUUAGUUUUAACCACUUCGAAGUUCUUCGCUUUUUGAAGAAUUCAAUUGAAUUUAAAUUUGAAAUCCAAUCUGAGUCCUGACAAAGAAGUUAACAACAACCCAAAGAAAUUCUUCGGUUCGAAAUCACAAAUCACACCACGAGAUCGGAUACAACCAUAGCAACUCAUCAUCGUCAUCAUUCCACUUUAGUUUACUCAGCCAUUAAACAUUCAAAGCAUCCAUCAAGACUGAAGACCAAUCGACUGUUCUUCGAAUCUUGAAAAGCCAAUCAUGAUGAAUCCAAUCCGAUCAAACUUACCUGUUCCAUCCUCACCUACACCUUCUAUUUUAUCAUCUUCUGAUCAUUCAUCAUCACACAAACCAUCGAUUCCAUCAAGACAUACAUCCAGUCCAACUAAACCUAACCAAUUCUCUCUUGAUUAUCUUUCACAAAAACCAAAUCCGAUCCGAACUCGAAUCCCCAUCUGUGACAUCAUCUCAUUAUUUAAUUCCAAUGCUUCUACUACCACUACUUCUACUACUUCAUUACCUUUGAAUUCUUUGAACCAAAUCAUGACACCGUCGUUAUCUAUUUCUUCUGGGUCUUCUGAUUCUUCUUCUGGCUAUAGUGGUUCGAUCAAAUCGAUGAUUUCUCAAACCAGUUCACCUCAUUCUACUCCUUGUAGAUCAAAUACUCCUUCUUUACACCACGAACCGGGUUAUGAACUCGAUAUGAACGAAGACUUGAUCAGUACAAGCUUUUUUAACAAACCUCGAGAAAAAGAACAAGAAAAAGAAGGGUUGAAAGCUUGGACUGAUCCGGGACACGGCUCUCGAAGGGUUCCUUAUACAUUUACGAACCUGAAUAGUUCAGAACCUGAUUUCUUUCAGUGUUUAGGAACAGAAGGAGGAGCAGGAGGGAUUAGGAAAAGAUCCACAAGUACUUUGGGAUUGACCCCUCCUCGGUUGCCUCCUAGACCAUUAUCAUUCUCAUUUUCAAAACCUAGAUCUCCUCUUCUUCCUCCUCCUUUACCUCCUAGGAAAUUAGGAACAGAUUGGAAAUUGAAAGAAGUUGAGAAAAAGAAAGAAUCACUUGGAAUCGAUCGGAAAAGAAAAGUCGUGGAAUCGGUUUGGGAAUCGGUUCAGAUUGAUGGAUCGGUUUUGGGAAUCUUGGUUAGGAAGAUUUGGUUGGGAUGUGGGUUGGGUUUGGAAACACUUGCUCAGAUUUGGGAUUUAGUCGUUAAAGGAGAUUCCAGUGUUAAAGAAUUGGAUUAUGAUCAAUUUGUUUUGGGAUUUCAAUUGAUUGAUCAAUUUCUUAUAAAAAAUCAAAAUCAAUUACAAAAUCAAUCAAUUUCACAAAAUCAAUUUCAAAAACAAUUUCAAAAUCGAUUACAAAAUCAAAAACAAAAGUAUUGAAUCAUGCGCUUUCUUGGCUUUGUUUGUACUUGAUUUGAUAUGUUUUGUGGUGAAGCUUUUGGGUUUUUCGAUUUGAUAUCCACCGUUUGGUUUUCUCACUUUUUUUAUUUGUUUUGCUUUGUUUGUUUUGCUUUUCUCAUGUUGAUUUAUCUAUUCUGCUUUACAUUAUUCUGCUCUAUUUAUUUUGCUUUAUCUAUGUUGCUUUUAUCUAUGUUGCUUUAAAUUAUUUUGUUUUAUUUUGAUUGAUUGAUUGAUUGAUUCUAUAUUUAGUUAACUUAUAAAUGAAUGUUCAUAAGACCUAUUUCCUUGGUUUAUCAUCAUACUUUUUCUCUUACUUUUCAUUUUUUUUCCAUUCAUUCAUUUAACCAUUUUGCAUUUUCUUUUUUCGUUCUUUUUCUCGUUUUUUUGGUCUUUUGUACUUUUUUUGUCGGGGUAGUGGAAAUCGGUUUCUUUGAAAAUGUUUGGGUCUUUGGUUAUAUUGAUUUUUUUAUGAAUUUCAUUUGUUUGGUGCCUGGU